GCCUGCGCGCGGGGUGUGUGAGGACGCGCUCCCGGGUCGCGGAGUGCUUGAGCCCAGAAGCAGUGGCUGUGGUACCUGCUGCUGCCACCCGUGCGGACGCAGAGCAUCGGACGUGAGCGCUGUCGCGUGGGGCUGGAAGGUGAAGCUAUGAUGGCCAUCAGUGAAAAUAUUCUCUUUGGAAUGGGAAAUCCUCUUCUUGACAUCACUGCUGUAGUGGAUAAGGAUUUCCUUGAUAAGUAUUCUCUUAAACCUAAUGACCAGAUUUUGGCUGAAGAGAAACAUAAGGAACUGUUUGAUGAACUUGUAAAAAAAUUAAAAGUUGAAUAUCAUUCUGGUGGCUCUACCCAGAAUUCAAUUAAAGUGGCCCAGUGGAUGAUUCAGCAGCCACACAAAGCAGCAACAUUUUUUGGAUGCAUUGGGAUAGAUAAAUUUGGGGAGAUCCUGAAGAAAAAAGCUGCUGAAGCCCAUGUGGAUGCUCAUUACUAUGAACAGCAUAAGCAGCCAACAGGAACUUGUGCUGCAUGCAUCACUGGUGGCAACAGCUGACUUGUAGCUAGUCUUGCUGCUGCCAACUGUUAUCAAAAGGAAAAACAUCUUGAUAUGGAGAAAAACUGGAUAUUGGUAGACAAAGCGAGAGUUUAUUAUAUAGCAGGUUUUUUCCUCACAGUUUCUCCAGAGUCGGUUUUAAAAGUGGCUCACCAUGCUUCUGAAAACAACAGAAUUUUCACUUUGAAUCUGUCUGCACCAUUUAUUAGUCAGUUCUACAAGGAAUCAUUGAUAAAAGUUAUGCCUUUUGUUGACAUACUUUUUGGAAACGAGGUGGAAGCUGCCACUUUUGCUAGAUAGCAAGGCUUUGAGACUGAAGACAUUAAAGAAAUAGCCAGAAAGACACAGGCUCUGCCAAAAGUCAACUCAAAGAGGCAGCGAAUUGUGAUUUUCACCCAAGGGAGAGAGGACACCAUACUGGCUACAGAAAGUGAAGUCACCGCUUUUGCUGUCUUGGAUCAAGACCAGAAAGAAAUUGUUGAUACCAAUGGAGCUGGAGAUGCAUUUGUUGGAGGUUUUCUGUCUCAGCUGGUCUCUGACAAGCCCCUAACCGAAUGCAUCCGUGCUGGCCACGCUGCUGCAAGUGUCGUAAUUAGGAGGACUGGCUGCACCUUUCCUGAGAAGCCAGACUUCCACUGAUGGAAAAGCAUGAAACUGCAUCCCAGGAGUACAGACACUGCCCUGAUUGUUUCCUGAGAAUUCCCAUAUUAAUAAAGAAGAAAAUUAAAUGCCA